AUGUCGAAAAAAAAAGUUAUUUUUGAUGCAUUUCCAGGGAUUUAUUCACAUGUAUGGAGACAUGUACGUCUUGAAAAUAAUAAUGGUAAUUAUUCUAUAUCUCGUCUUUAUGAAGUAAAUGAAUUUAUUCAACAAGAAGCUGGAGCUGAUUUAGCUGGUGUAUUUCGUUUUGGUGGUCCACCUAUAUUUAGUAAAUUAUUACUUUAUAUAAGUACACAUCCUGAACAUGUUAUGAAAGGUUUACAAAUGGCUGUUGGUAUAUUAGAUGGAAUAUUAUUAACAAUGGAUAAAGAUUAUUCAAAUGUUAUUUCAAAAGAAUGUCUUUAUAAAGCAUUACAAUCGAAAUUACCUGGAAUUUGA